GUCACCUGACCAGGACUCUAGCGAGACAAUGGCGGCGCCCAUGUUACGCUGGUUCUGUUCUGGAAGGCGUUUUGCUUUCGCCUGGGUUGGCUGCGGUUCUUGCCACAGAAGAGGGCCUCCGACUGGGUCCACGUCCAACGGGAAAAGGGGGCAGAGCUCAGUGGCUCAGCAGCCCCACAUCACAGCCCAGAAGCCAAGAAAAGGUGAAUGUGAAUGGGCAGCUGUGGUAGGAUUGGAGAUUCAUGCCCAGAUUGCCUCCAACUCCAAACUCUUUUCUGGAUCUCAAGUCCACUUUGCAGCUCCUCCGAAUUCUUUGGUAUCUUUUUUCGAUGCAUCUCUACCUGGAACUUUGCCGGUCCUCAACAGGCGCUGCGUGGAGGCGGCCGUGAUGACCGGCCUGGCCCUGGACUGUCACAUCAACAGGAAGUCCUUGUUUGACCGGAAGCACUACUUCUAUGCAGACCUCCCUGCGGGCUACCAGAUUACCCAGCAGAGGCUCCCGAUCGCUGUGAACGGGAGCUUGGCGUACAGCGUCUGUGUGGGGAGGAAGCCAAGUCAGAUGGUCACCAGGACCGUGAGGGUGAAGCAGAUCCAGCUGGAGCAGGACAGCGGCAAAAGCCUGCAUGACGACCUGCGGUCCCAGACGCUCAUUGACCUCAACAGGGCAGGGAUCGGCCUCCUGGAAGUGGUCCUGGAGCCUGACAUGUCCUGUGGAGAAGAGGCGGCCACAGCUGUCAGGGAGCUGCAGCUGAUUCUUCAGGCCUUGGGCACCAGCCAGGCGAACAUGGCAGAGGGCCAGUUAAGAGUGGAUGCCAAUAUAUCUGUGCAUCGCCCUGGGGAGCCUUUGGGCGUUCGAACCGAAGUGAAGAAUCUCAACAGUGCCCGAUUUUUGGCCAAAGCUAUAGACUAUGAAAUUCAGAGGCAAAUCAAUGAACUCGAGAAUGGAGGUGAAAUUCUGAAUGAAACUCGCUCAUUUGAUUACAAGCUUGGGUGCACCGUGCCAAUGAGAGACAAAGAAGGAAAACAAGACUACAGGUUCAUGCCAGAGCCCAACCUGCCCCCGCUGCUGCUCUACGACUCCGGCUCCCUCCCCUCCGGCGCAGACCCGAAGCAGGUGAUCAACGUGGACCAGCUGCGGGAGCGGCUCCCCGAGCUGCCCCGAGUGACCCGAGAGAGGCUCGUGCGAGAGUACGGGAUGCUGCCGCAGCACAGCUUCGCCCUGCUGAAUGAAGUUGGCCUACUGGAGUUCUUCCAAAAUGUGAUCAAAGAAACUAGGGCAGAGCCAAAAAAAGUGACUAGUUGGGUCCUCAACACUUUUCUGGGCUUUUUAAAGCAACAGAACCUUGCCGUCAGUGAGAGUCCUGUCACACCCUCUGCCCUGGCUGAGCUGCUGGACCUGCUGGACAGGAAGGCCAUCUCUUCAUCCGCAGCCAAGCAGGUGUUUGAGGAGCUCUGGAGGAAUGAAGGCAAGACCCCAGCACAGAUCGUUGCAGAAAAGAAUCUCGAACUGCUGCAGGAUCCAGAGGUCCUGGAGCGGCUCUGCCGCUCCACGCUGGAGGCGCAUCCCGACGUGGUAAUGGAUCUAAAGAAGGGAAACCCCAGAGCUAUAAACAAACUGAUCGGGUUGGUCCGAAAAGCGACUCUGGGCCGAGCAGAUCCUACAGCGAUCAAGGAGGCGCUGGAGAGGCAGCUGUUGUCCUGACAGGUUCGGGUCUCCCUGCCGAGGCUCAGCCGGAGCCUGUGCACGCUGGUGUCCCGGGCCCAGCCAGCCAGCCCUGCCCACCUGCGCCUUGAGAUGCCACCUCCACAGGAGGCUUCAUGGACAUCGCAGGGUGCCAGGAGAGGUGCCGCGAUGGUGAGAAACGCAGUGAUGCUGAGCGCACACACACUUUCAGAUGCUGUAGCAUCCUCGGAGGACAUCUCACUCUGCAGGGCGCUCAUCCAUUUGUAAGCAGGUCCUCUGGGCCCAGCACUGUUCUAGGUGCCGGGGAUGGGCAGUGAUGGAGAAAGACGGUGAUCUGGAGGCAGUGUUUUCUUUGGAGCUCUCAUGGUGGGGGAGGAGGGUAUGAGCCUUAGUAUUAAUACCAGAAAGUAGUGGUAUUCUCCCAUCCACUGAGUAAAUCUGCUGUUGCUCAUUCAGUGCUCUGGGAUCCCAGAAAGCAGAGAUCUGAGCAUAAGUGAUUUUUUCCUCCAUAAAAAAGACAGCAUCAGUUUUCAAAUAAAUUUAAUGAAUAAAAUAUAUACUGAAAUAUCACAUAAAAAAUUAAGUUAUAUGUCAAAGAUUGUGCGGUUGAUUGAUAACACCCCCUCCCCACCCUCAGAUAAAAAAGCUGUAACAUUAAACUGAUUUGUUUUGCCUGGGAAGAAUAAGAGGACAAACUAGUAAAUGGAAUCCGUGGCCUGUAGCGGUCUCUGUGGUCCAGUUAACAGCACCUCCCUGGAGGCAGGGUUGCCCUCCCCCCUGUCCCCCUGACAGUAAUAGUGGUUGUUUCUCUGCCCCAUGGGGGACCCCUUUGUUCCCUGCGUGCCUUUGUUACCUCUGACUCGACGCAAAAGACCACGUUUGCAAGUGCUGAUUUUUAAAAGCACAUGUCAAAUAAGCUGACAUAAGAGGACAAAAUCUGGGGCAGCCCUGACUUUACACUGAGUUCUGUCUGUACUGAGAAGAGGACAAAUGUCUUCAUCACGAGUGGUGCUCCGGAGGCAGCGGGGACCCCCGCCAGCGCCUCAGCUGUUCACGGUUCUGGUUGUGGACGCUGGCUCAGGACUUCCCUAACUGGGAGUAACGGGAGCACUGUCCUUCUCCCCAGCCAGAAGAGCAGGGACAGGAAGGAAAGCAGCCAUCUGGUUUAUUUCAGACAGGCAUGAAGAGGUAAGGUUCUACUUUGUAAACAAUGAGCGACGCAGAAGUGUUGAGAACACGUGACAUCACCCAGGAAGCCGUGCCCCUUGCACAUCCUGUUAACAGUUCUGAAAACCACUGGGCCUGACAGUAAACUGUGUUCAUCAAACUGCUUUUCGAGACCGAAAGUCAGAGCCAGCCCCCCAACCCCUUUGCUCCUGAGACUGGAAUCUGGCAGCAUCAUGAUUUUGUAAGAAAUGCUAAGAGUUCAGUUUUGUUUUCCAAACUCCAUUUUCACCAAAGAUAUGGCUUCUUGGUCAUCAGACUUUACAGGAAACACUAGCCAACCUUUGCAGACCAUUUUAAAUAAAGGGCUGACUUAAAUGGGACUGGGGAGGGGCGGGGACAGUUGAAUAAAGACCAUUUACCAAUAAUAUCGUGUCAUAUGUAAACUGUAUUAUGGACUGAUCAUUUUGGAGAAAAAUGCUAUUGCUGGGGUGAGGGUGGGGGGGCAGAGAGAAGGAAAUGGGUAAAAGGGGGUCAACUGUAUGGUGGCAGACAGAAAUAGCCCUUGGUGGUGAACACACUGUAAUGUUUAGUGAAGCAGAAAUAUGUUAUCCACAUGAAACAUACAGUGUUAUAAACCAGUUACCUCAGUUUAACACAAAGCACUGAAUCUCUCCAAUGCUGACUAUCAUCCAGCUCUGACAACUGCCCGUUAACUUGAAUGCCCACUUCCGAAAUCCUAAAAAUCAG